AGCACAGUCCUAGAUUGCACCUCAGGGAACGAGGAGGACUUUGGUGCAGCUUUCAGUCGCAAGAUUCUUUCUAUUAUCAGUCCGUGCUCAGUCUUGCAAGGGAAUACAUCAGCUCCUCGACUCUCCUUGCCGUUUGGGUUUAAGGCAGAAAUCCAGGAGACACCAUGGGAGGCAAGCUGAGCAAGCGGAAGAAGGGGUACGAUGUCAGCGACCCAAAGGACAAGAAGGAGGAGAUUACUGUGGCUGCUGCGAGUGCCGUUGAGGCCGUGACCCAUGUUGUGGAGAGCAAAGCACCAGCUCCGGUCGCUGAGUUGGCAGCGAAGACUGCUCCUAAGGUGUCUGCUGCGGUGGAGGGAGCAGUGGAGUCGACAGUGGUGGCCAUCACAGAAGCGACAGAAGAGGCACUGUCAGCUAUAGAGGCUGUGGCCAAGGGGGCCACAGCAGAGCCAGCGGCUGUACCAGAUGAACCCGUGGCAGCACCGGCAGAACCAGCGCCAGCAGCAGAAGAACCAGCGGCUUCAGAAGAACCAGCCACAGCACCAGAGGACCCAGCGCCAGCUGUAGCACCAGAAGAACCUGCAGCCCCAGAAAAGCCAGUGGCGGCACCGGAAGAACCUGCGCCAGCAGCAGAAGAACCGGUGGCUUCAAGAGAACCAGCUGAAGCACCAGAGGACCCAGUGCCAGCUGUAGCACCAGAAGAACCUGCAGCCUCAGAAGAGCCAGUGGCAGCACCGGAAGAACCUGCAGCAGUAGCAGAGGAACCAGCCGCAGCUCCAGAAGAGCCCGUGGCAGCUCCAGAAGAGCCCGUGACAGCACCGGAAGAACCUGCAGCAGCUGAGGAACCAGCAGCAUCACCAGAGGAACCUGCAGCAGCACCAGAGGAACCUGCAGCAGCAACAGAUAAAACAGAGGCACCGGAAGAACCAGCGACACUAAAGGAACCAGCGGCUGCACCAAAAGAGCCUGCAGUGGAAGAGCCUGUACCAGAAGAGCCUGUACCAGAAGAGCCUGCAACAGCACCAAAAGAACCUGCACCAGAAGAGCCUGCAGCAGCACCAAAAGAGCCUGCAGUGGAAGAGCCUGUACCAGAAGAGCCUGUACCAGAAGAGCCUGCAACAGCACCAAAAGAACCUGCACCAGAAGAGCCUGCAGUAGCCCAAAAACAACCUGCACCAGAAGAGCCUGCAGCAGCACCAAAAGAGCCUGCAGUGGAAGAGCCUCCAUCAGAAGAGUCUGCGGCAGCACCAAAAGAACCUGCACCAGAGGAGCCUGAGGCAGCACCAAAAGAGCCUGCACCAGAAGAGCCUGUGGCAGCCUCUGUGAAGCUAGCUGCAGCACCAGAAAAGGCUUCUGAGGCUACAGAACAAGCCACAGAGGUGACAGCCGAGAUUACAGACACUACAGAACCAGAGCCUGCCGCUCCAGAGCCUGAAACAGAGACUGUUACAGGGAAGGCCCCAGAAACUGAGGCUGUGGUCAAGGCACCAGUAGAGGCAGAAGCAGCUUCACCCGCCCUGGAGGAGGAGCCUGCAUCAGUUGCAGAAGCCGUGUCAGAGUCAGCCACAGAGGCAGCCGCAGAGCCAGAGGCAGAUUCCAUCCCACAACCAGCCGCUGAAGAGCUCCCCCUACCUGUAGAAGAAUCCGUAGCAGAGCUUGAAUCUGAAGCUGCUGAUGCAGUAACUGAAGCAGCAGAGCCAGACGCUGCCGACAUCGCAGAACCCAUCCCGGAGAUCAUCAUUUCAGAAUCUGCUGCACCUGCUGCUGCAGAGGAGGCUGCACCCGCUGAGCAAGAGGAGGCUGUGCUGGACAACAAGGAAGUUGUUUCCUCAGUGGAGGCUACUGCUGAGCCUUCUGCCCCUGAGGUCAAUGGGGAGUGUCAGGAGCAGGCGAUCGAGCCGGCUGCCGUGUCUGCCCCGGAGCCACAGCAAAAGGAAUGUGUCAAUGGCAUUGACAAGCCAGAGGAUGCCGUUGAGGUGCAAAGUUACUGCGAAUUAAAAAAGAACUUGAACCUGCCUGGCGACAUCCAGAUUCCUGAGGCAAUCGGUGAGGCAAUAAGUCAGGCUGUAGACUUGGUCUGAAGCUAAUAUAAAUGUGAUGUACCUAAUGAUCCGAAAAAACCUCCAACACAAGCUUCUGAAGAUAAAUAUAAAAAUGUCUGUUGUGGCAAACGAGUUUCCGAUUAACCAAAAGGAAAUACAACCACUCAAGUGUAGAGAGGGGGAGUGAGAUACAUGUAGGAAGAGAUGUGAGACAUGGAUGCAGUGUGCCCCACUGAGUCUUUGUGCCCCACAUGUCAUUGUAGAGGGGCAGCCUGUGUUUGCAGCAUUUGUGGUGAGAUGAAAGCCAGAUUUGAGGGAUGAGUAUAGGAAAACUGGACAACAGAGCAAAGAAACGGAAUGAAUAGUCUUGUCUUUGUGUGUGAGGCUGAUGAAUAUUAAAAAUGUUUUUUUGGAAUAGCAUUCAAUAGUGAUCUAAUUUAGACUUUCACAUAUCCUUUCCUUAACUAUAUGAAAAAAUAAUGGAUGAAAAGUUUUGGCCUUUUAUAGUGGUGCAAACAUUGAGGAAUGUUCAUUGAUGGCUUGGAGAAUAAAAAAAGACUGUUAUA